AUGAACAGCAAAGCAACCAGACCCAAGCGACCAAGACUACCCAGUCCCGCCACCCGAGAACUAUGGAUGAAACGAAUCGGCAAGAGUCUCUCUGCGAACGCUCCUCUGCGCCCAAACAAGCGAACAAAAACGAGUGAACGCGACGAAAACUGCCCGGAAACCAGACACCGGUUCCUCACGACCUACAAGUGCAAGAAGAUAAGGGGGGAGAGCGGGCUGCGCUACGGGCGUUACCGAGAGAAUUCCCAUGGAGAUAUGACGACCGUUGCUGGGGGGUCUCUGUACGAAGAUGCUAAGUUAUACAGAAUGGAUCGGAGGCAGGAUGCUGAGAUAUAUGAGGAGCUGUAUGGAAUCUCUCCUUUCAAGGUGCCGAAGAUGCAUUCGGAAACGCGUGCCUUGCUCAAUGAUCAUGCGACGGCUUUGGCUUCAAGUGACUAUAAGUUUACGCCCAGGUUCCAACACGGUUUUGAGGAGUUCGUGGCUGCUCUGAAAAUGGCUGGAUUUCCGCGAUAUGAAUACUUUCGGUGGAACCUCAAUGGCAACAUUGAGGACGAGCAUCCAGUCCUCAUAAAACUCAGGUCAUGUCAUUGGGCUUUAGAAAGAGCUUUUAAGAACGAAGUCACAUACAUUAGUAGCUAA